AUGGCUCUAACCCUCGUCAUGAGAAAUCCUGAGGAGAAACCACCAUUCAAAAAUCAGUAUGAUCACCCUCUGGCUGAUCAUGAUCUGAAGUCAAUGCCAUCCAAAAGUUUGACUCGAUUCCUCGCCGGCGACGCCCGGAAGAAGGGGAGGUUGGCAGCCGACCACUGCCGGAAAGACGGAGAAGUUUGCAGCGUCAAUGGGGAAUACGGCGUCCACCGGAACUCCACUAACUGCUGCAACAAGAAGUGCAGACACGUGGAGACGGACAAGCACAACUGCGGGGGGUGCGGGAAGCAGUGCCAGUACACCUACUCCUGCUGCAGGGGAGAGUGCGUGGACUUGGCCUUCGACAAGAGGCACUGCGGCAAGUGCGACAACCGCUGCAUGCCCGGCGGCUACUGCAUUUACAGAAUGUGUGAUUACGCAUGA